GGGCCCCUCUCUCCUCCAAGGCUGCACUGCCCCGGGAUGGGGGAUGUGCCAAGGGUGGUGACACAAAGAGCAGGACAGAGGAGGAUUGAGACCAGAACCAGCCUGCCCCGUGGAGCAGCCAGCAGGUUUGGUGCCUGAGUCAGAAGCCUGUUCCAGCCCCUGGGGAUUGUUUACUGGAGGAUGGGGCACCUUGCUUUAAAGGCCAGCAUCCAGCCUGGCCUCCUAUUCACUCGAAAGGGUUGACAGCGCAGCCAGCCCCAAGGGCCCUCUCCCUGGCUGCCUUCCCAGCUCUCCCAGGUUUAGACAUGGAGGAACAGGAAGGCACCCCCAGGCCGAAGGCAGAGGAGCCCAGGGCCACAACUAACAAGGCUGAAGGGGUGGCUGGGACUGGAGCCAAGGAGGUGGCUCAGGGUGGGGAUGGGCUGGGGGAGAAGGGAGGAGCAGGGAAUUCUGGGAGCAAUGCUAAGGGGGACAUUGAGGCUGAGGGAGCAGGGGAUUCUGGGAGUGAUGCUAAGGGGGACGUUGAGGCUGGGAGAGCAGGGAAUUCUGGGAGUGAUGCUAAGGGAGGCAGUGAGGCCGGGGGAGCAGGGGAUUCUGGGAGUGAUGCAAAGGGAGGCAAUGAGGCCACCAGAGCAGGGGAUUCUGGGAGCGAUGCUAAGGGAGGCGGUGAGGCUGAGGGAGCAGGGGAUUCUGGGAGUGAUGCUAAGGGAGUCAGUGAGGCCAGCAGAGCAAGGGAUUCUGGGAGUGAUGCUAAGGGAGGUGGUGAGGCCAGCAGAGCAGAGGAUUCUGGGAGCAAUGCUAAGGGGGGUGGUGAGGCUGGGGGAGCAGGGGAUUCUGGGAGUGAUGCUAAGGGAGGCAGUGAGGCCAGCAGAGCAGGGGAUUCUGGGAGUGAUGCUAAGAGAGACGGUGAGGCCAGCAGAGCAGAGGAUGCUGGGAGAGAUGCUAAGGGGGGUGGUGAGGCUGGGGGAGCAGGGGAUUCUGGGGCUGGGGCAGAGGAGGGGGCAGAGGGUGGGCAGGAGAUUGGGGCAGAGGAGAGGGAGGCAGUAGGUGGGUCUGGGCUUGAGCCCCAAGACGGGGCUGGAGGGGCCGAACCAGAGAUGCAAGGGGCUGAAGCCGAGGGGACCAACGAUGCCGUGGCCAGAGAGGGGCGUGGUGGGAGCACCUCAGAGGAGCCGCUGUCCCCAGAGAUGGGGGGCGAGGAGGAGGAGUGGGGUGAGCCUGCACCCAGCUCCCCCGACGAGGGGCUGGCCAGCCCCACAGGGGACGCUGCCUUUGGGAAGGAGACUGGGGCCCCCCAGCCGGGAGGCGCCUCCCAAGGCCAAGAAGCCACUCCAGGUGGCAGCGCCAGCACUGAAGGGACAGCCCAGCAGGACAACGUGCAGAGCCCUGCACCUGAAGGAGUUGCACCCCCCAAGGAGAAGCCAAAGAGACCAGCGCUGGAUCGGAGGGAGCUGACCCGACCCCGCCUGGCACCCAGGGCCCAGUCCCGCAAGGCCCUUGUGGAGAAAUUUGGGGGGGCAGCCAGUGGCCCUGCCCCCAACAUCAAGAAGACUGGAGGUGCCAACACCAUCAAGAACAUGCUGCUGGAGUGGUGCCGUGCCAAGACGCGUGGCUAUGAGCACGUGGACAUCCAGAACUUCUCCUCCAGCUGGAGCAGCGGCUUGGCCUUCUGCGCCCUCCUCCACAAGUUCUUCCCUGACGCCUUCGACUACGCAGCCCUCGACCCGGCCAACCGCAGGGAGAACUUUACCCUGGCUUUUGCCACUGCUGAGAAGCAUGCCGACUGCGCCCCACUGCUGGAGGUGGAGGACAUGGUGCGCAUGAGCGUCCCGGACUCGAAGUGCGUCUACACCUACAUCCAGGAGCUGUACCGCAGCCUGGUGGACAAGGGACUGGUGAAGACCAAGAAGAAAUGAGGUCUGUCCUGGAGCUCUCCCCCAACGUGGCAUCUCCUCCGCUGGUAACCCUCCACAGCCAUCUCCUGCCUGCCCCCUUCCCCGCGGCUCACGUGUGUACACGAGACCCUGGCAGAUCCAGUAAAGCAGAACUGCUCCAAGCUCA